AUGGUGGGAACAGGCUCAAAGGCAAAGCCUGUCAGGCGCCUUAAGUCAGGCACCGAAACAACCAAGAAUCAUCGAUUCGAGGGCUUCUCAUCACGCAUCUCGAAGCUCAAAAUCGAUCCGAUCCACCGCGUGCGCCGGGCCAGCUUUGGCGAAGAUGAAGUCGAAACGUCGUCUUAUUUCCGGUCGGCCCUCGACCAUUGGUUCGAGAUGAACCUUUCAGAUAACUUCACAACUUUCGUACGACGAGUGAACCCUCUUUCCGAGAGUUUUGCGCAAGUUGUCUACCACGAAGAGAAGAUUAUGGGACUCCUGGUCGAGUUCAUUGAGAAGAGGGAUCAACUCUCCAUGGAACCGUUAUUAAGUUUGCUUGCACAAUUCGCUCGGGACUUGGGAGUGAAGUUUGAGAAGCACUUCGCUACGGCAGUGACACUGGUGUCGUCUGUUGCGGCUACACACCCCGACAUUGAGGUAGUUGAGUGGAGUUUCACAUGCCUGGCAUGGAUCUUCAAAUUCCUUUCUCGAUUAUUGGUACCGGAUCUACGACAAUUGCUGGGUAUCAUGGCCCCAUACCUUGGCAAAGAGCGACAAAAGCCAUUCGUGGCAAGAUUCGCCGCUGAAUCGAUGUCCUUCCUUAUCAGGAAGGCUGGUCUCACCUACUAUAAGAAUCACGCUCCCCUCGAGAUUGCCGUAUCAUAUCUCUUCGACGACAUCUCGAAGACUGCCGACGACAACAAAGACACCGAGAGCUACAGGGGAGGACUUAUGAACAUGUUCUCCGAUGCCAUUAGGGGAGUCAAUAACGGUCUUCACUCCAACGGCAUGGAUAUCCUCCAUUGUGUUCUGCGUCAGAUCCCGCCAACCAGUGAGAACCGCAGCGACCCCGCGGAAGUUGUCUGUGGCUUGAUUGUCAGUCUUGUUCACGCCACGACCCCCGAAACGUUCGGUCCGAUUCUCGAUACCGUCCAGGAAUAUAUCGACGAGCGCUCAAAAUCCACACCAAACCCUAAUCUUCCGGAGUGCUGCCGUAUCGUUUUCUUACUUGUGACGACCCGUAAGGGUGUCAGAAUCCAGAACUGGAAAAUCAUUCAUAAGAUUCACAUAUCGUUGCUACAGCAGGUUGCAGCAUCUGAUGUCCCAUCAGAGACGAUAACGAAACUAUUGACAAGCGUUGCGUAUGCCUUCCAACAGUCUCCAAUGGACGAGCUGCUGCCAUCCCUCCGCACUAUCAUGGACCUGGUCUCCACUGGCCCGCUCGCAAAAUAUUUCUUAUUCUUCUGUACGACAUUUGCUGAGUGGGGCUCUGAGCGAUUCCAGAGCCUGCUUCUUUCUCCUUUCCAAAAGUUCAUUAAUUCAUCAUGGCAAAACUCUGAAUCAGAGACCUGCUACACCCUCCUUCGUCUACACCAGGCUGGCUGCAUCACCCCCGAGCCAUCGCAGCCAGGAUGUAUCUCCUGCCCGGAAACCUUCAAGGCACGCAUCAAUGAUUCAUUGAAAUACCCUGCAAAGGACGAGGCAUUCUUGAACGCACUCGUAAAGCUUCCCGCGGCUAUUUCCAUGUUUGCAGACAACGCUACGAUGUCAAAGAUGGUUUCCAGAUUGCACAGCAAUCUUGUUCUGGCGUUCAAGGAUGGAGCGGUCGAAGGAACCAACAAGAAAAAUGGUCUCUUGUUCUUCCUCGGACAAGGAUUCAAGACUUACGUUGAACUUGCCAAUCAAGUUGGUAAACUCGAUGUCAAUCUCUUGCAACCUAUCUUUGCGACUGCUACAAAAUUCUCCCGCCUGCCAGUCUUCUUGGAGGGUGCCCUUGCCUUCAUUACAUCACUCCCAGACACAACAGACCUGGAACACCCUGCUCUUGAAGCCUUCGCGCAAGACCUAAUUGUGAACCUGGCUAGUCCAUCGCACAGGCUCAGACUGGUUUCUCUUCAAAUACUGCGAGAAUUGGUCAUUCGCGCCGUGAAAGAAGAUCCCAUGCCCUUGGAUCUCUCCAUCGACAUUGAACAAAGUCCGCUCACCAUGGACAGCGUGCGGACUGUCUCCAUGCAUAUCCGAAAACUCGCUCUUUCCUAUUCCCAGAUUGCUCACCGUAGAUGGAUGGCCAACAUUGUUCCAUACUUCUGCUUUGGUCUGUUUUCAAAGAAGUUGGCUCCUCUAUGGGACGACUCCGCUGCCACCCUGAAGGCUAUCAGCGAGCACCCGGAGGGUGAAAAAAUUGUCUCAAAUCUGUCUAUCCAGUGGCUGCAAGAGCGGGACUCCGAGGCGCCCAGUGAACCUACUGCGGAGGAUGACGAAAGCUCCUUUGUCAACAGCCAUUUCCAGUGUUACAACGUGGUAAAGGUCGAAAAGGUCCUCGCCGCGAACGCAAAGGGCACAGAUGAACCCCAGAGCGUCCUGUCACAACAGUUCAAAGAAGACCAUACUGUCGCAGAAAUCCUUCCUGCCACCCCACGAACCCAUGCACUGCGCGUGUUGAAUGCCGUUCCAGGAGUUGCCGAAAAACGAUCGCGCCAGAUUGUACCGCUCUUCCUGUCAUGGGCUUUGCGCGAUGACCAAGAUGAUGCCCCUCCAUCUGGAGAGGCCAAGGGUGACGACGAAGAUGACGAUGAAGCCGAAGAUAUUGAAAUUGGUGACGCCCAGGUCCGCUGGGGUUUCCGGGACAGAUUGUCCAUGCUUUCUCUUUUCGCACGUUUCCUCAACCCCAUUGUCUUAUACAAGGCCCCUGAGGUUCACACAGCAAUCUUGGGACUUCUGUGCCACGGUAACUCCGAUUUGCAGCGCCACGCCCUCAAGGUUCUGUUUACCUGGAAAGAUCCCAAUGUCCUCCCGUACCAGGAGAACUUGCUCAAUCUCUUGGAUGAGUCUCGCUUCAAGGAUGAACUAGGUGUAUUCGUUCACGUCGGCAGUGAAGACAGCCUGAUCAAGAAUGAACAUCGGGAUGUCCUUCUUCCGAUACUUCUUCGACUAUUGUAUGGUCGAAUGAUUUCAAAGGCUGGUUCAGCUGCUGCCGGUCAAGCCGGUAGACGCAAGACCAUUCUUCGAACUAUUUCGCACCUCUCGGAGCAGGACUUUGGUCUUUUCAUUCAGCUUGCAUUUGGUUCUCUUGGCAGUGUGCACCCCGUUAAAGACAACAAUGAUAUCGAUUACACUGCCUUUGAUCAAGAUUUGACAAGCCCCAAGAGACAAUUGGGUCUGCUCAAGCUUAUUGAUUCUGUCUUCGAGUCCUUGCAAACCCGCAUGACCAAAUUUGCACCGCAAACUAUGGAUGUCGUCAUCUACUGCCUGGUGCGAGCUUGUCGCGCGAUCUCUGACGAGGGAACAGACGAACGCCUCUUGGCUGUAUUCCAAAGCAUUCGUCAGACAUGUAUCCGUUGCCUCAACCUGGUCUUCUCGAUCGUUCCUGAUUAUGACUGGUCACCUUAUGUCCGCAUCAUUUUCAAGGAGAUGAUUGAUGGCAGACUUGACCAGUUCCCUAUUGAGACAGCUCAGGGUGUUUCGGGUCUUCUGCGCUUGUUCCAUACCUGGGCCUCUUUCCCUAGGUCUACAUUCUAUCUGGUGCAGCACAAUGACAAGGUAUUGACAAAGGUCAUUGACUGUCUCGCGGUAGAGUCAGCCCGUGAUGAGGUCAAGAACUUUGUGUUGGAUGAAAUUCUUGUGCCUUUGGUAGAACACUCUACUGGCAAGAAAUUGCAGGAUAGCGAAGAAAUGCCUGAUUUCCCUCCCGAUCAGAUUAAGUCUGAGGUUCUUUCUCCCUACUUGGAGCAUGCUUUGUUCCAUCUUGGCCGCCUUCUCAAGAGAGGCCCUUCGAAGCCUGUUCUCUACUCGGGUGUGAAUGCCCUUUCGUUGAUUGCCCCCUGCGUCGAAAGCUCCCAAGAGACUGCCCGCCUCAUCGGGAUUACGACAUACUUGCUUCGACAGCCACCAGACCGCGUCAGUCCUAGAACUAAAUCUGGUUUGCUGAAGAUUCUCGAGCAUUUCCUGCCCUUGUGGGACCCCAAGGAAGACGCUGAGCUUGCUCAGCAAGUUUUUGACGCUGUCUGCUCCAUGUUCGAUUACUUCAAAGACGAUGCGAACAGAGAGGUGUUGUCCCGAGUGUUCACGGCUCUUGCUACCCACGACGAGCAACUGAAGGAGGUGGCAGUCCUGUGUGAAGACUUGAACUCUCGCUCAGUAAAGAGGCUAGAGCCCGAUUACGAGAGACGUCUAAUCGCAUUCAGGAAGAUCACCGACGAGCUAUCUGAAACCCUGACGGCCAAGCAAUGGAGGCCCCUUCUCUACAAUAUGCUCUUCCAUGUCAGAGAUGAAGAGGAGCUUUCUGUUCGAUCUAGCGCCUCAUUUGGUCUCAAACGGUUCAUUGACCGGACAGCUACCGAACCGGAUGCCGAGUUCGAGGCUCUCAUCAACGAUGUUCUCUUCCCAUCACUGCAGUACGGUAUUCGCCAAAAGUCCGAGCUGAUUCGCUCUGAGGUCGUUACUGUCAUUGGUUACUUCGUCAAAAUGAAUCCUACCAGACCCUCUGUGCAAGACAUGCACGUCCUGCUUGUCGGAGAUGAUGAAGAAGCCUCAUUCUUCAACAACAUUCUCCACAUUCAGCAGCAUCGUCGACAGCGUGCCUUGCGCCGUCUAGCUGGAGAUGCCGCCCAGGGCAACAUCCAAGCCUCUAACUUGGGUUCCAUCUUCAUUCCCUUGAUUGAACAUUUCGUAUUCGAAGAUGCCGCCGAUGAGAACGCCCACAACCUGAUUGCUGAAGGUGUUGCAACCCUUGGUGCUCUUUCAGAGUGGUUAGAAUGGGGACAGUUCCGAGCCAACUUCCGCAGAUACCGCAGUUACAUGGCGAGCAAGCCUGAAAAGGAGAAGAACAUCCUCAGACUACUCGGUCGAAUGUCAGAUGCUCUUUCCAGCGCAAUGAAGCGAAAGAAGGCCACAUCUGCUCAGGACAAUGAUGGCGAUGCCACCGAGGACAAGAUGGAUAUCACUGAACAGCCCAUGUGCACUCUCGCAAAGUCCGUUCCAUCGCUUGCAAAGGUUGCAACGGAACUCACUACAAACUUCAUUCCUUUCCUCACAAAAUACAUUCAUCACAAGCAGGAGAAGGAGAUGAGUUUGCGUCUGCCCGCUUCGAUCACGACUGUCAAGCUUCUCAUGAUCCUUCCGGAGGAGGAGCUGGCUAUUCGUCUGCCGCCCGUAUUGCUGGACGUCUGUACUACUCUCAAGAGUAAAGCACAGGACUCCCGCGACACAGCACGGAAGACACUCAACGAGCUUGCGCUUCUUCUGGGUCCCGUCUAUUUCGGCUACAUUCUCAAGGAACUUCGAAACGUUCUUGCGCGAGGCUACCAGCUUCACGUUCUCUCCUUCACCGUCCAUUCUAUGCUGGUCUACACUACAGAUCAUUUCAAGCAGGGAGAUCUGGACUAUUGUCUGAAGGAUUUGGUCGCUGUUGUGAUGGAUGACACAUUUGGCACUGUUGGCCAGGAAAAGGACGCCGAAGGCUACACCAGCAAAAUGGUUGAAGUGAAGAGUAGUAAGAGUUACGACUCUAUGGAGCUCCUCGCAAAGAUCUCAACCAUCAGCCAACUGUCGAAUUUGAUCAAGCCUUUGCAGGCACUCCUGGGGGAGAAGCUCAAUUCGAGUCUCGUCAAGAAACUCGAUGAAUUGAUGCGGAGAAUCGGCAUUGGCUUGCUGAGAAACCCAGAUGCCGAAAGCCGUGACUUGCUGGUGUUCUGUUACGAAGUCAUCAAGGAAUCCUACCGUGAAAACGCCCCAGAAGAGACUCAGGCAGCCCCCAAGUCCCGGUCCGAGGAACGUUUCCUGGUCAGGUUGCAAGGAGCCAAGCGGGGUGAUAACAGGGGUACGACAUCCUCACACGUCUACAAGCUUACACGUUUCUCGCUUGAUGUGCUUCGUGCGAUUCUCAACAAAUUCAACUCAUUGCUCACGGCUUCUAACCUGGCUGGUUUCAUCCCCAUCAUCGGUGAUUCCCUUGUCCAGGCACAGGAGGAAGUCAAGGUUUCUGCGCUCCGUCUGUUGUCUACAAUUAUCAAGCUCCCGCUCUCAGAGAUUGAUGAAAACUCGCAUGUCUACUUUACUGAAGCAGUCAAGCUUGUUAAAGAAUCCCCUAGCACCAACUCUGAAGCGGCACAAGCUUCACUGAAGCUGAUUUCUUCGAUGUUGCGUGAGCGCAAGGAUACCAAGCUCCGUGAUGGCCACCUUGCCUAUCUCCUUAAACGUCUGGCAUCUGACAUCGAAGAACCAGAUCGCCAGGGUGUGACAUUCAACUUCAUCCGAGCGGUCAUGUCACGGAAGCUUGUUGUGCCAGAGAUGUAUGAGCUGAUGGACCAAAUCGCAACCAUGAUGGUCACCAACCAGACCCGAUCUGCGCGUGAUCUUGCCCGGGGUACCUACGUUCAUUUCCUUGUUGAGUAUCCACAGGCGAAGAGCCGAUGGACCAAGCAACUUGCGUUCUUCUCUAAGAACCUCGACUACAAGCACCAGUCUGGACGUCAAUCCGUUAUGGAGGCAAUGCAUACGCUUCUUUCCAAGACAGGUCAGGAGUUGGCUCAGGACAUCAUCAGUACUUUCUUCCUGCCAAUCGUCCUUGCUAUGGCCAAUGAUGAAUCGCCCGAAUGUCGCGAGUUGGCAGGUACAUUGCUGGGAGAGUUCUUCAACCGUGCAGACCGGGAGCAAACAAAGACCAUGCUGACUCCAUUGCGCUCUUGGUUGGAGCAGACCGACAACAUGGCCCUGUGCAGUAUUGGACUGCAAGCCAUGCGCAUCUACUUCGAGUCCGAGCAAAAUGGGAAAGAGAAGCAGGCUCGCUUUGUCGUCAGCAUUCUUCCUGGUUUGAUGCAGCCUGUGCUUGAUGACACCGAGAAUGGCAACUGGGAAGCUCUCUACUUUGCCUUGCAACUAUUUACAAAGCUUUGCAAGACAACCCCCACACUUGCUUUGAGCCCAGAGUGCUCUUCCAUCUGGUCAUCUGUCCAAGAGUCCCUGUUCUUCCCUCACACAUGGGUGAAGACCUGCGCCGCCAACGUUGUCGGCUUGUGGAUGGCCGAUCUGGCCAAAACCAAUGCUGCCGAGGGAUACGCUUCUAUUCCUCUGGUUGGAAGUUCCGGGCUAUCGAUGGAUCAGCCUACGAUGCUUCGGCUUCUUCGGGCUGGUCUUCGUGGUCUACGCACUCCUGGUAUUACCGAAGAACUGGCCAUGCAGAAUGUGCGCAACACCGUCUUCCUUGGCCGUUGCUGCUCACAGAACGGUCUGGAGCUGCCCAAGCUAGAUAACGAGGAUGUCGAGUCCGAGGAUGAGGAUGCUGAUAGUGAUGCCGAGGAAGAGGCUCAGGAUGCGAUCAAGGUUGAGUCCAACCGAUCUGCGACCCAUUACAUCUUCAAGCAGAUUUCAUCACUUCUGCGCCGGGAAACCAUCGGAGGCCGGCCACAGGCCCUUAUCCCCAAGACUUCAUCGGUCACGCUUCUUGCUGCUCUGAUUCGUCAUGUCGAUGUUGAUCAAAUCCGUCCCUCUCUCCGCGUCAUCCUGAUUCCCCUGCAGCAUUUGACCGAUCCGUCCAUCCCAGCGCCUCGCUCAUCGGACGAGACGUUCCAGAACACGUACAAGUCUCUUGUUUCCAACUGCCACGAGGUCUUGGAUCUUCUCCAGAAGAAGCUCGGUCCUUCCGAGUACAUUGAGCAGAUCUCUAGAGUGCAGGCGGCUAUCAAGGAACGCCGUGAAGGAAGACGUGCCAAGCGUCGCAUCGAUGCCGUUGCUGAUCCCGAGAAGUACGGACGUGAGAAGAUGAAGAAGAACGAGCGGAAGAGAGACAAGCGCCGCGAGAAGGGCUUGGAGCACCGUGGAAAGAGACGCGGUUGGUAG